UGUAAUCUGUCGUCAAUUCUAUUUACUUUUAUGCUGCUCUACAAGUUGUUUUGUGAUAUGUUUGCCAGCGUCUGCUUAUGUCUGCUCUGAAAUGAUUCAGAGUUCACCACUCAACUCACGGAAUUUCCUUUUGCUAGUCGUCUACAUUCAGUUCUUCUUCAUUGGAGCUCAAAGAAUAAACGAGCUGGAAGACAGGAAUCUGCGAAGGCAGAGGGUUCCUGUACAGAUUGGGGAAUAUCCAGAACAAGAGCAUACAAUUCGAAGACAAAAUCGUCCAGAGGAGAAUGGUGAUAUCUAUGAAUUUCAUAGGUUUCAGCACUAUGGUUUUAAGACACCUUCACCACAUACGUUCAGUUUAGAAAGUAUGCUGGCUUUAUUAGCUCCUUUAGCAACUAUUCCUAUAAUUGCAAGUGCUGCCCUUAGCAGUUUGGCCACCAUUCUACCGACAUUAACGACAGAUGGUAUGGUGAAAGGUCGAGGCAAAGGUGUGGUAAAAGGGAGAAGUCGUAGAGAAGCUGUUUUAGAUACACUGGAUUUAAUGACAUAUUUCAACUCUUCUACAUGGGAUACAUUUUCGAAAUCACCAAACUACCCAAUCAAACGUGAUAUCAGGGAUUUGGAUGUAAUACAAAAAUACCUCAAACAGAUGAAUCACAAAGAAGAUUACAACGAUGAAGUUAUGGCAUCUUAUCUUCAAUGCAGUGGAAUGCUGAGUUCUCACAAUCAUUGUUUGGAAAGGCUGGUAUGUCAAUUUUCGGAUCGGAAUUCAAGAAUGGAAUCUCUGGAGAAAGAUGUGGCUUCACUGAUAAUUUACACGAUUUUGAAUAACAGACACAUAAAGGCAGAAUUCAAAGAAAGACUAAGAAAGGCUGCGGUAUUUGGUAGAGACAGUAGCGGAAGAUGCGGAUUUUAUGUUUGUUCCAGGAAUAACUUCAGAUCCAAAUGAGCAUUAUCAGCCUGUUUUUAGUGAAAAUCUGAAUGGAUUACUUUAACAAACAGCACAAUAUACUCAAAAUGAAACAGAGAUUAACUGUAUUAUUUAAAUUUUAUUAAACUUCGAGUUUUUCAGAAUA